GUCCCCGCGGCGUUCUCACACCUACCGGGACUCCCCUGGGUCCCCCAGGAUCCCCACCGGUCUUAGCGGCCCGUGCGCUCCCUUUAACGCGGGUUCAAGACCCAGCGUGUCCUGUCUGAGGCCGGCCCUGGACGGGUUUCCCUUUCCCGAAGUUGAGGGCGGCCUGAGGAAGGUGGGAUGGCUGCCAAGCCCCCAGCACCCGGGGCCUGUCGGGGCUCCGUGACCUUCCGGGACGUGGCCGUGCACUUCUCCUGGGAGGAGUGGGGGCAGCUGGGCCCGGCCCAGAAGGAGCUGUACCGGGAGGUGAUGCUGGAGAACUACCGGAACCUGGUGGGCCUGGGACUCGUAGUUUCCAAACCCCAUAUGAUUGAGCAGUUGGAGCGAGGGGAAGCGCCUUGGACGCCAUGGGGAGGGGUCUGGAGCAGCUGUGGCCCAGAUUUGGAAGCUAAGCCUGAAGUCAAAGAAUCAGCUUUAAAGUUUGGCCUUUCUAUGGAAAAAUUGUCUGAGGAAACGCUCAUGAAUGUUGGUGAUUGUGUCUUUGAGUUAAGAGAAUUCUGCAGAUUUGAUGCUUGUUCAGAAAGGCAGCAGAAUAAUGAGGAGAAUCCUUUUCAAGCCACAGCAUUCAUCCAGAAGAAGCCUCCCCAUGGAGUACGACUCUCUGAAUACAAUAAAUGUAGUGGAAGCUCCAGUCCAGCACAAAGCCUUUUUCCACAACCAGUUGUAAGUGUGAAAAGUGUGCAUGAAUGUGACAUAAAUCAAAGACACUUUACCUUGUUUUCAGAUCUUCCAAAAUAUAAUAGAACUUGCUCAAAGGAGAUAUUUUCUAAUUAUGAAUUUGGAGAUUGCUUUAAUUAUGAUUCAGAAAUUAAUGAAAAAAGAUUGCACUCUAAAGAGAAACCUCAAGAAUAUAAUGAAUGUGACAAGGCCUUCCACCUGACCUCACAGCUUAUACAACACCAAAAAAUUCAUCCUGCACAGGGAUCAUAUAGGCAAAGGAACACGCUGAGCUCGUCCAGAAACUUUAAUGUCCACCAGAGAAUUCAAAUAGAGCCACCAUACGAAUGUAAGGAGUGUGGGAAGGCAUUCAGUCAGAGUAGAAACCUUACUCUUCAUCAGAGAAUUCACACUGGAGAGAAACCAUAUGAAUGUAAAGAAUGUGGGAAGUUCUUCCGACAAAAGGCACAUCUUACUGUACAUCAGAGAAGUCACACUGGAGAGAAACCUUAUGAGUGUAAUGAGUGUGGCAAGUUCUUCCGGCGGGGUACCCAUCUUAUUCUGCAUCAGAGAAUUCACACUGGAGAAAAACCAUACGAAUGUAAAGAGUGUGGCAAGGCUUUUACCCAAAGCAAUACACUUACUCUCCACCAGAGAAUUCACACUGGAGAGAAGCCAUAUGAAUGUAAUGAAUGUGGGAAGGUCUUCAGUGACUGGUCAAACCUUAUUCAGCAUCAGAGGGUUCAUACUGGAGAGAAACCUUAUUACUGUAAUGAAUGUGAAAAGGCCUUCAGCCACAGUGGAGACCUUACUCUGCACCAGAGAAUUCAUACCGGAGAGAAACCAUAUGAAUGUAAGGAGUGUGGGAAGUGCUUCCGACAGAAGGCACAUCUUAUUGUACAUCAGAGAAUUCAUACUGGAGAGAAACCUUAUGAAUGUAAUGAGUGUGGCAAGUUCUUCCGCCGGGGUUCACAUCUUAUUCUGCACCAGAGAAUUCACACUGGAGAAAAACCAUAUGAAUGUAAAGAGUGUGGAAAGGCUUUUACCCAAAGCAAUACACUUACUCUCCACCAGAGAAUUCAUACUGGGGAGAAGCCAUAUGAAUGCAGUGGAUGUGGAAAGGUCUUCAGUGACUGGUCAAACCUUGUUCAGCAUCAGAGAAUUCAUACUGGAGAGAAACCUUAUUACUGUAAUGAAUGUGAGAAGGCCUUCAACCACAGUGGAGACCUUGCUCUGCACCAGAGAAUUCACACUGGAGAGAAACCAUAUGCUUGCAGUGCAUGUGGGAAGACUUUUCGCCAGAACUCAGCCCUCACUCAACAUCAAAGAAUUCAUAGUGGAGAGAAACCUUAUGAAUGUAAUGAAUGUGAGAAGGCCUUCAGCCGGAGCAGAGACCUUACACUCCAUCAGAGAAUUCACACUGGAGAGAAACCUUAUCAGUGUAAUAGAUGUGGCAAGUUUUUCCGUCAGAGUGCACACCUUCUUCGACAUCAGAGAAUGCAUACUGGAGAAAAACCCUAUGAAGUGUAUUGAAUGUGGGAACGUCUUCUGCAAGAGCUCAUACCUUACUUGACAUCAGGUAACUUUAUACCUGGAAGAAAACCUAUCAAUGAAGUGAAUGUGACAAGGCUUUCAGCCAAAACCAUAAUUCUCCAUUAGAUAACCCAUAUUGAAGAGAAAUCAUAUGAUUGUAAUACAUGUGGGAAGUUUGUCAGAAUACACUUUUUUCAACAUCAUAGAUUUCAUGUUGGAAAGAAAACGUGAAUAUAUAUUGAAUGUGCUCAGACCUUACUCAACAUUAGAGAAUGAAUAUUAAGGAGAAAUUCUGCUAAUUUAAUAACUGUGGGAAGACAUUUCUGCCUGGGAUGAGAGUUUAGUAUACACCAUAUAUUCAUUUUAGAGAAAACCUUAUGAAUGUAAUAAAUAAGCUCAUGUCUUCUGUCAGAAUAUAUACCUUUCUAGCAGAAAGUUUACACCAAAACCUGCCCUUUACCUUAUAAAGUAAUGGACGUGGGAAGGCUUUUGACUGCUAACACAUCUGACUCACCAAAAGAGAUAGGAAUAUAGCUGAAGAUUUAGACCAUGACACAGCCCUCUUUGUGUUUAAUUAAGUGCAAAUAAAGUUUUUAAUCUCCAACAUUAGUCAGAUGUUGUAAUCCUACUUUUCAGAAAAGGAAACAUAGGAAGAAGGUGAAUAUCAGGAACUUUGUCAAUUCACACAAUGAGAACCAUGAGAAACCUCAGCAGCUGUAGAACCCAUCCCAUUCACAGAGUCCUGCUAUCAGUGUUCAGGACAAGUAACCAUCUGGCCUCUGCUUGAAGACCUGCAGCAGGGCUGUAUCAGGACAAGACUAGGAGUCUUGUGACCCCAGUCUCAAAUUUUCCUCUUUGCAGCAUCCAUCCAUUGCACCUGGUUCUGUUUUCUGGACCCAAACAAAAGUAAGUGAAUCCUUCUUCCACAAUGAUGGCUUUUCACAUUAAGUCUUCUCCAGGUGCAUCCAGCCCAGUUCUUUUAAUGUCUUCUGAUGACACAGACUCAGCAAAGACCUCUCCAUCCCAGAUGGUUUCCUCCAGACACUCCAACUAAUCGGUGAUGUCCAGAACUGAAUAUGCUACUUCUCUGUUAAGAUCUGAUGACUGCAGGUUAGGGGGAGACCAUCCUCUCUCUAUUCCUGGGAACCACACUUUUCUUAAUGGAAGGAAAUUAGCAUUUAUUAAGUGUCUACUGUUUUAUCAGGCAGAGUGCAGAACACACUUUACAACUAUCUCAUUUAAUCCUCACAACAAAUCUGGGUAAUAAGUGGUAUUAUCCCCAUUUUAUUGUUGAGGAAGAUUAAGCAGACUGGAGGUUAGGUAACUAAGACUGGAUUUGAACUCAGGCUUUUCUGACUCUGGGCCCACAGCUCUAGCUACUGUGCCACCUAGUUACCUCAUACAGUUGUCCCACUAUGACCUUAUGGACCACAGCUGUCUAUAAGACUUUCUUGGCAAAGGAACUUCCUUCUCUAAUGGAUCCUUUUGUUAGGCAGAGAUCAAAUGACUUGCCCAGGGUCUUCUAGCAAGGAAGUAUCUGAUUUGAAAUCUGGAUUUGAACUGAGGUCUUCCUGAUUCCAGGAACCCAGUGCUCUAACUGUGUCUUAUUGUAGCCCAAGUUCACAUUAGCUUUUUGGAUUGCUACAUCACACUGCCAACUCAUUAAACUUUUAGUGCAUUAAAACUUACAAAUCUUUUCCAGAACAACUGCUCUCUAUCCAUUCUUUCACUUAUACUUAUAAAGUUGAUUUUUUUUUUUUUUUGCUCAAGUACAAGGCUUUACAAUUAUCACUGCUGAAUCUCAUCUUAAUGGAUUUAGUCUAAUUUUGAACCUAUCAGGAUCCUUUUGGAUUCUCUUUCUAUCAUUUGUUGUGCUGGCUAUCCUAGCAAACUUAAUGAGCAUGCCAUUUGCAGCUUUAUUAUGAUGAAAUGUUCAACAGCUCAGAGUCACACAUUCCUAAAAUACUUUAUUGGAUAUCUCUUGCCAUUUCAGCAGGCACCCUUGGAGUCUAGCCAUCUGGCUUGUUCUAAAUUUGAUUGGGUUGUCAUCCACUCUACAUCUCCAUCUUCUCCAUGCAUCUAGAACCUGGCAUGGUCAUUGCUCAGAAAAGGAUUCUUGGUACUAUGGCAAGAGACACUUUGCUGACCUUUGCUAAAAGCUAAUUAUGGUAGGGCCAUAGUGUUCCUGGCACCUGCUGGGUUAGCCAUCCCAAUCACAGAAAGAAAUAACCUGUUCUUGGUCUUAGUCUGCAGCCUUUUUGUAAUUACCAGGUCCCAUUCUAAUGCUUGCCAACCAUCUCUUUGAGAUUCUUCAGAAUUUGCCCAGGAUUCAGUCAGUCUCUACUGCCUGAAAAGAAACUAUUCUUUUCCUUUUUUUUUUUUUUCAAAGCCACAGUAAUAUUGUCCAGUUUUGUAGUACCUCUCCCAUUUUGGGGGAUCUUUCUAACAUCGUUGACAGUAGUUUAGCAGUUAGAUUUGCCAGUUCUUUAUGGACCCAAGGACAAAAUUCUUUUGGGCAUUUCUGUCUUAUUUCCAUUACAAAGGUCUUCCUUUGUAGAGAAAAGAAAAAAGCAAUACGCCUUGAGAAACUCUUCAUUCUUGGUUCUAAAGUAAUCCCAUGCACUCCUCUGACCUUUUCCUUAAUGCUUCCUUCCAGCCCCCGAUGUCAUUUGUCCUUAGUUUCCUUCAUUAACCUCAGCUCCUUCUAAGCUUUGGGAUUCCUGACACUCUUUCCCCAGGCUUUUGCCAUUGUCCUACAUUCAUUCUGUUGCCUGGCCUUGCUUAUAUCUUACUGUGGUUUUUUUUUUUUUUUUUUUUUUUUAAUGUAAGUUGA